UACGCGGAGGGUCGCGCUCGCGCAUACGUUCAACAUUUAUAGAACUUCUUGUUGACCAUCCUGCCGGUUUAUCCGCGGUCCACGUUUCACCGAGUUAGUUUGAAUUUGUUGAAGUUUGGUGAUUGUCGUAUAAGUUUAACAACAAGAUGUCUUGUGUCGAUUUGCAAACCGAAGAUCGUCUUGAAUAUCAGUUCUUGCCGAACCGCACUGGAAUCACCCAAUUCAGGGUCAGAGCACCAAAUGAUGCUCAUAUAGCCCUCAGUCCAAGCGCUUGUGAAACAACCCCCAUGUACGAAAUUUUCAUUGGAGGAUGGGGUAACAGCAAAUCUGUUAUCCGUAAAAACAGAACAAAACCAGAUGUUGCUGAAGUACCAACACCGGGAAUUCUGUCCGAUCAGGAUUUCCGUGGUUUUUGGGUAAGAUGGGAAAACGGUACCAUCUCAGCUGGAAACGAAGGAGAAGCCUCUCCAUUCAUCAGCUUUACAGACUAUGAAAAUGUCCCAAUUGAAUAUGUUGGGUACUGCACUGGCUGGGGUGCCCGUGGAUCUUGGGUCAUCGAACAAAGAGAAGGCGGUGCGCCCAUUGCUGCUGCCUACUCCAGGCCUCCACAGAACGCAGCAAAUGUUUGUUGGGUAGCAAGUGGAAAUGGACAAGUUCCUCCAAGAGCUUUCGUUGGAGGUGAAGACAAUGGGGAGACCUUGUAUGUCUGCAGAUCGAUGUUCAAUGGAGCUCUCAUUCCCGGAAAAUUGGUUCCGAGUCACGGAAAUGGUUAUGUAGCUUGGGGUGGAAAAGAAAAUCCCGUCUACGAGUAUGAGGUACUUUGCGAUUUUGGAGGUACCUGGGUGGCAACAGCAGGUGGUAACAUCCCAAGUGGUGCCUUACCCGGAGGUCAAAGUGAAGAUGGCGAACCCCUCUACAUUGGCAGGGUUGUCCACGACGGAGCUUUGACAGUUGGAAAAGUUCAACCUAGUCAUGGUUGUCUGUAUAUACCAUACGGUGGACAAGAGCUAUCCUUCAAGGAGUACGAAAUUCUUCUACAGUAAAAUUGUGUUCGCGAAACUAUUCGAACGGAUAAGCUUGUUUGAUGUACCGCUGCGUAGGAUUCAAUCCAGAAUGAUUAGCAAGCACAUUACUGUAUGUUACUCAGCUUUUAGGUGCCUUAUGUUAAGUACCUAAAUUAUUUUUAUAUACUUGUACGACAGAUGUGUAAGUUGAGGGCCUAAAUUGUUCAGAAUAUUAUAUUUAUUUCAUUAAUAUCGAUAACUUAAUGUUACAUCAGCUAUACAUUUAUGGCAACUUCAAUAAAUUUGUAUUUAAAAGGCA